GUGAAACUCUAGCACUGGAAGAGAUCAAAGGAAGCACAAAGCGUACAGACGUGAAACAGUGACAUGGACUCAGACUCAGAUGCUCUCAGUAUCCCUGCAUCCUGGGUCCAGAUGGAGUCCUCUACAGCCUUUUAUGAUUAUCAUGAUAAAUCGAGUCUUCUAUGUGAGAACAAUGUCAUCUUCUUUUCCACCAUCUCUACCAUUGUCCUGUACUCUCUGGUAUUUCUCCUCAGCCUUGUGGGUAACAGCCUGGUUUUGUGGGUCUUGGUGAAGUAUGAGAAUCUAGAGUCACUCACCAAUAUCUUCAUCCUCAACCUGUGUCUCUCAGACAUGAUGUUCUCCUGUCUACUGCCUGUGUUGAUCUCAGCACAAUGGAGUUGGUUUCUAGGUGACUUCUUCUGCAAGUUCUUCAACAUGAUCUUCGGCAUCAGCCUCUACAGCAGCAUCUUCUUCCUAACCAUCAUGACCAUCCACCGAUACCUGUCUGUAGUGAGCCCCAUCUCUACUCUGGGUAUCCAUACCCUCCGCUGCCGUGUGCUGGUGACAUCAUGUGUGUGGGCAGCCAGCAUUCUGUUCUCCAUCCCUGAUGCUGUCUUCCACAAAGUGAUUUCCUUACAUUGUAAAUAUUCUGAACAUCAUGGGUUCUUGGCCUCAGUCUACCAGCACAACAUCUUCUUCCUCCUCUCCAUGGGAAUCAUCCUAUUCUGUUAUGUACAGAUUCUCAGGACUUUAUUUCGCUCAAGGUCCAGACAGAGACACCGAACAGUCAGGCUCAUCUUCACCGUCGUGGUAGCAUACUUUCUCAGCUGGGCUCCCUACAACCUCAUUCUCUUCCUGAAAACUGGAAUCAUCCAGCAGAGCUGUGAGAGCAUUCAGCAGCUGGACAUAGCUAUGAUCAUCUGUCGCCAUUUGGCCUUCUCUCAUUGCUGUUUCAACCCAGUGCUUUAUGUCUUUGUUGGGGUCAAGUUCCGCAGACACCUAAAACAUCUCCUCCAGCAAGUCUGGCUGUGCCGGAAGACAUCCAGUGCUGUUCCCUGCUCCCCUGGUACCUUUACAUAUGAGGGACCCUCCUUCUACUGAGAGGAGAGGUUGGGCACAUGGAGAUGACUAGAGGAGGUGAAGAAAGACAGGGAGAAGUGGAUCGGGAAGGAAAAUAUAACAGUGAAGAUACUGCAGAGGUGUGGAGGAAAGACAUGAUACCUAU